CAAUGGCCAACUCUCCCUCCAUUAUUUUCAGCAUUAACUCCCCACACACUAUGCCUGCAGAUAUCCAACCACCUAAACACCAUCAACCACUAACCCCAUCUCACUUCCAAAAGAUUAUAGCCGAAGUUGUGGGCACGUACGUUUUCGUAUUCGCGGGCUGUGGGGCCGCUCUAGUCUACAGAGAAGACACAACGGCACUGGCAGCCGCGUUCAUCCCUGCACUUGCUUUGAUGGCCAUGAUCUACGCCGUCGGCCACGUCUCCGGGGCCCAUUUCAACCCUGCGGUCACUGUCGCGUUUGCAGUGGCGCGCAGAUUACCCUUCGUCCAAGUUCCUAUCUAUGUGUUGUCUCAGUUAUUUGGCUCAACACUUGCAUCUUUUACACUAAGACUACUAUUUAGACACCAAAUAAACUUUGUGCCAAUGCUAACACAAUACUCUCCGACUUCAACCUCCGAUCUCGAAGCCAUUGUGUGGGAAUUCAUACUCACUUUCAUACUUAUUUUCACCAUUUUCGGAGUUGCUUCAGACGACAGAGCGAAUAACGCAUUAUGUGGAGUUGCAAUCGGGGGCGCGUUGCUGCUCAACGCUCUCAUCGGAGGGUCGAUAACCGGAGCUUCGAUGAACCCGGCAAGAAGCCUAGGCCCUGCAAUAACCAUUGGAGCGUACAAGAAUCAAUGGGUGUAUGUUAUAGCUCCCCUCCUUGGUGGAGUGGCUGCGAGUCUCAUAUAUAGUUUGUUGCGCCCAUUACAAUCACAAUCACAAAAUACUAGAGUUAAGAGUGUCCACAAUCAUCUAUAUCAUCCUCAACUUUAA